AUGAAGUUCAGCGUCUUGAACGCCCUGGCGCUCCUUGCGCCGGUGACCUCGGUUGUGGCCCAGUGCUCUCUGCCCUCGUCCUUCCGCUGGACAUUGUCUGGUCCCUUGGCCCAGCCCCAGAACGGCUGGGCGCCCUACAAUGGCCAGCAGCUCGUGUACGGAACGACCGCCAACUGGAAUGGCCAGUGGGGCUCCAUGAACUUCAGCCCCGUCAGCGAUGUCUCCCAGCUAGGCUCGGUGUCCCAGAACGCCAUGUCCCAGGGCACCGUCAAGCCCACUCUCUUCUUCUUCCGCCCCAAGAACAUCUGGGUCCUGGCGUACCAGUGGGGACCGACCGUUUUCUCCUACAAGACGUCGAAAAACCCCACGAACCCCAACGGGUGGUCCUCUCUUCACCGGCAGGAUGUCGGGCUCGGGCACCGGCAGCAUCGACCUGACCCUGAUCGGACCAGCAUGCCCAUUGGCAACUUUCCCGGCAACUUUGGCAGCUCCUCGACCGUCAUCAUGAGCGACACGACCAACAACCUGUUUGAGGCCGUGCAGGUCUACUCCCUCCAGGGCCAGGGCGGCUGCCUCAUGAUCGUCGAGGCCAUCGGCUCGCAAGGCCGCUACUUCCGCUCCUUCACCGCCAGCAGCCUGUCGGGCCAGUGUACGCCCCUCGCCGCCACCGAGCAGGACCCCUUCGCCGGCAAGGCCAACACGGGCGUCACCUGGACCAACGACAUCAGCCACGGCGAGCUGAUCAGCACCUCGGCCGACGAGACGUUCCCCGUGGACCCCUGCAGGCUGCAGUUCCUGUACCAGGGUCACGCCCCCAACUCGGGCGGCGACUAUGUCCUUCUGCCUUACCGCCCUGUGGUCACCCUCUCGCUCUUCAUCUACAUCUCUCUGCCCCGGGCCCAGCUUGAUGUGGCGAUCCCCACAGCUCAGGGUCCCCAGUCACAUGCGCAGGCUCCCGAGCAGGAUGGCGAGCAGCCCAACGUCGUGAAGCCACAGGUCGAGAAGACAGGCCCCGAGCUGCGCGUUCCGGAAGCCGAGGAUGCGUCUGAUGAUGCGACCGCGGCGGAGGACUCUGUGACCGAGGAGAAGGAGGCCAAGGUCGGCGCCGAAUUGACGCAGGAGCAAUAUGUCAAGGCGCAUGACCCGGAGCAUUUCAAGGAGAUUGAUCAUAUCGAGGAGCACCUGGAGGAUGGCGAUGCCGGGGAUGGGCUUCACGAGGACCUCGCUGAGAACUCGGGCCAGACCACCACCCAGGGCCAGUCGGAGCCGGGCACCAAGGCCGACUAUGUCGCGGAGCACGAUGAGGAGGAAGGGGAGCACUCUGAUGCCUCUGUCGCCGCACCGAUUGAGGGUGCCGCCGAGGAGCAUGAUCCUGCUCUGGUCGAGGACUAUCUGAAGCAGCACGACGGCGAGGAACGGGUGGAUGAGGACUUGGAGGUUCUCGCACAGGACGCCACGGAGUCGAGGGCUGACGAGUCGUCUGAGGAGACUGUGGAGGGAUCUACCGUCGACAAGCGAGCAUCCAAUUAA